UGGCUGGGGAGGGACCAGACAACGCCGUGCUCCGGGUAUAAAACCAUGUCAUGAUGAGGCCACCGUCCUGCCCUGCGCCGGACAGUACCUACUUCUUCUGUAGCUGCAGGAUAUCGUCAAGACAGGCAGCAGACCAGCCUCCAACAUGAACGACAUCUACAAGGCAGCGGUUGAGCAGCUGACAGACGAACAGAAAAAUGAGUUCAAGGCCGCCUUUGACAUUUUCGUCCAAGAUGCAGAAGAUGGCUGCAUUAGCACCAAGGAGCUGGGAAAGGUGAUGAGGAUGCUGGGCCAGAACCCCACGCCGGAGGAGUUGCAGGAGAUGAUUGAUGAGGUGGAUGAAGAUGGAAGUGGCACGGUGGACUUUGACGAGUUCCUGGUCAUGAUGGUGAGGUGCAUGAAGGACGACAGCAAAGGGAAGUCAGAGGAGGAACUGGCAGAGUUGUUUCGCAUGUUUGACAAAAACGCAGAUGGUUACAUCGACUUGGACGAGUUGAAAAUGAUGCUGGAAUCAACGGGAGAAGCAAUUACUGAGGAUGACAUAGAGGAACUGAUGAAAGAUGGGGACAAGAACAACGAUGGCAAAAUUGACUAUGACGAGUUCUUGGAGUUCAUGAAAGGAGUGGAGUAAUUCGUCAUACGAGAACAUUAUUUUUCUAUUCCUCCGCCGCAUCUGGAAAACUGGAAGCUGACUUGUGAUGGAGCUACGGAACGACUUUGCAAGAUUUACUGCUUCUGACUGUUUCUGUUGUAGUUUUCCUAAGACCACCACUUGCAUCGUUGUAAAUAUAAUUUGUAACUAUUUUUUGUGCCCAUGUAUACUGAAUUUGUGUAAAUUACGUACAGUAUCCCAUUUGCAAUCUUUUUUUUUUUUUUAUGUUUGAAGUUUGGUUUACAGGUAUUUUCACUGAGCGGUUGACGUCGUACACUUGUGUACACAAAGCAGAAUGCUUCUCUGAGUCAACACAAUGAAGGUUCUGCAUAUGUUGUGAUGCACAUUGCAAACAUUUUUGUAUGUUUGAGACACCCUCAGGACUUUCUUUUUCCCUUUCAUAGCCUCGGAAAGCAUGCAUUUUACUCCGUGUUGGAAUGUGCGGUAAAAAAAUAAAAUAAUAAAUAAACAAGUGGCAUUUGU